GCCCCAGCCCUUUCCCUGUCGCAGGUUGCCGGCGCGAGAGCAGGUGGAGGCGAGGCAGGAGGCUGAAGCAGCGGCCACUGAGGGGGGGGUGCGUGAGCCCAGAAGAAAAGCUGUCGCCAUGCGUGAAAUCGUGCACAUCCAAGCCGGCCAGUGCGGGAACCAAAUUGGAGCCAAGUUCUGGGAGGUCAUCAGCGAUGAGCAUGGCAUUGACCCCACCGGCAGCUACCACGGAGACAGCGACCUUCAGCUGGAGAGGAUCAAUGUCUACUACAAUGAAGCAACUGGUAACAAAUAUGUUCCCCGAGCAAUCCUUGUUGACCUGGAGCCUGGUACAAUGGAUUCGGUCAGAUCUGGGCCUUUUGGCCAGAUCUUCAGGCCUGAUAAUUUUGUCUUUGGCCAGAGUGGUGCUGGGAACAACUGGGCCAAGGGCCACUACACAGAGGGAGCUGAGCUAGUGGAUUCGGUGCUGGAUGUAGUAAGGAAGGAGUCUGAAAGCUGCGAUUGCUUACAGGGCUUCCAACUCACCCACUCAUUGGGUGGGGGCACUGGUUCUGGCAUGGGAACGCUUCUCAUCAGCAAGAUUAGGGAGGAGUAUCCUGAUAGGAUCAUGAACACCUUCAGCGUAAUGCCAUCUCCAAAAGUCUCAGACACGGUGGUUGAGCCAUACAACGCCACCCUCUCUGUCCACCAGCUGGUCGAGAACACGGAUGAAACCUACUGCAUUGACAAUGAAGCUCUUUACGACAUCUGCUUCCGCACAUUGAAACUCACAACUCCGACCUACGGCGAUCUCAACCACUUGGUAUCUGCCACCAUGAGCGGAGUGACCACCUGCCUCCGGUUUCCCGGCCAACUGAACGCAGAUCUUCGCAAGCUGGCGGUCAACAUGGUGCCUUUCCCUCGCCUGCACUUCUUCAUGCCGGGAUUCGCGCCCUUGACGAGUCGCGGCAGCCAACAAUAUCGUGCCCUGACAGUCCCGGAGCUGACGCAGCAGAUGUUUGAUUCCAAAAACAUGAUGGCGGCCUGCGACCCCCGCCACGGCCGAUACCUGACGGUGGCAGCCAUCUUCCGGGGCAGAAUGUCCAUGAAGGAGGUGGACGAGCAGAUGCUGAACGUCCAGAACAAGAACAGCAGCUACUUCGUGGAAUGGAUCCCCAACAACGUGAAGACGGCCGUGUGUGACAUCCCUCCCCGGGGCCUGAAGAUGUCCGCCACCUUCAUCGGCAACAGCACCGCAAUCCAGGAGCUCUUCAAGAGGAUCUCCGAGCAGUUCACAGCCAUGUUCCGACGGAAGGCUUUCUUGCACUGGUACACCGGCGAAGGCAUGGACGAGAUGGAGUUCACGGAAGCCGAGAGCAACAUGAAUGAUCUGGUCUCGGAGUACCAGCAAUACCAAGAUGCUACUGCAGAUGAGCAAGGAGAGUUUGAGGAGGAAGGAGAGGAAGAUGAAGCUUAGGAGGUUUGAGUAGGGUUAGUCCAUAGGCAAGUGUCCAAGGUGAGGGCUGUACCAGUGCAUGCUUUUCCAGUGGUUCUUGGUGCUUUUCACUGUUGCCUCUGUCAGCAGUUUUUGUAACUUCACUCUUUAUGUAGUUGCAAAAGAUUUCUGGGGAGAAAAGUCUUCUGUUUCAAUGUCUAAUCUCAAACAUAAAAAGUAUUUGUGUUUCUCA